AAUAAUAUUCAAAAUGGGCUCCAAAUACGUGUCAAAAAAACAGUAAUGAAGAUUGCGACGUAAAAACAAUGUUGAGAAUUGUAGCCGUCAGCAUAAGAAAAAUACGUCAAUCGAAAAUUAAACUUAUUAUUUUUUUUGUUUUCUAUUACUCGAAAGUAACGAUUCAACUGAUUACAAUUUUUUAAGUGCAAUGUCAUUUGUUAACACCAAUAGUAUUUAGCUCUGCCACAAUUGAUUACCAUGUACUCUUGGGGAAAAAGCCUCAAACAAUUUUACGGGCGCGCCACAUCUUUAUCAAAGUCAAUCUAAACCGGUCCGGCAAAGAAACAAAGUGAAAAUUGGUUUUGCAAAGCGUCGGUUAUCCAAAACAACAUGUCAAACCUUAACAGGUUUGUUCCACUGUAAAUCAUAUCGAGUUUAAUGUUUGAAAACAUUCAGGUGAAUUUACUUUUAUUUUAUUUUUUCCAGGAUCGCAAAAAUCGGGACAGGUGGUCAGGUCGUUUCGAUGCGUCAAAUGUAAAUAGAAGUUGCAGCUCACGUAACCGAGUGGGAAAUCACGUCAGUCGAGAGAAUGUGGGAUGUUUUACCGGUAAUGGCACACAUGUAAACAUGGUUUCCGCCCUCGAAAACGUUUUGUCGCAGCCUUUAGGCGUGGGACUUCAAAUGCUACUCUAGAUACAACAGGAAACAAAUUAUACACCAAAAGGAAACGAUUGAAUAUUUGAGGUGGCCACAGAGUAACCAUAGAGACGACCUAUCACGACAUAUUCUGGUGAUUACUUCAUACCAAUAAGACUCUGGCAUCAAAUCAAAACAAGGAGUAUUCGCGCUUGUGAGCGAGGAGGCUGGAAGUCUCAGCAAGGACAAAAUACGAUUUCGUAAACAAAAACCAACGGUGUUCACCUGUGAAAAUUACUCGCGGCGUUUAUCUGUUAACUUGUUCGAGGUUGUCAAACCUCAUUUCUUAUGCGGGGAAGAAAUCAAAUCGCCUUCACACUGGGCUGGCUCACUUGAUCACUACGAGAAAGUGGAAGAUUUGCUAGCUGAUGCGGGACAAUCGAUCGGACAACACGACCGACUGUACAGAAGCGGCAAUGCACGCAGAAGACACACGCUCAUCGGUUGCCAUCGCCAUCCAGGCGGCGUUCCUGCUCAUCAUUAUGCUUUCUUCUCUCAUAGGAAACACGCUGAUUAUUCUCGCCAUCUAUCGAAAUCACAGCCUUCGAAGCAUCACUAGCGUUUUCAUAGCCAACCUGGCUAUGGCAGAUUUUCUCCUGGCACUUCUGGGAAUGCCGUUCACCAUGGCAUCGUCCAUCACGUACGACUGGGUCUUUGGGAAAGUAUGGUGCACCAUCAACGGUAUGCUUAAUUCCAUCUUUUGUAUCGCUUCUAUGCUGUCUUUGGCAGCUGUCUCGAUAGACAGAUAUGUUGCAAUCAUCAAGCCACUACAGUAUCCCCUUAUUAUGACUUCUCGAGUGGCCCUGGCCAUGAUAUCUUACGUGUGGCUGCACGCAAUCACCCUUGCCUUUCUGCCCGUCUUCGGCUGGUCCAGUUACAUCUAUAUUACAAACGAGUCGAUCUGCACCGCAGACUGGGGUUCAGACAUCCCUUACACGUUAUUCAUCUUCGCUUCAAGCUUUAUCGCCCCCCUCAUAGUGAUGGCUUUUUGCUAUUUUCACAUUCUACGUGCUGCAAGGAAGCAAUCACAAAAAAUCACGCCUCGCGUUGGAGAACUCAGAGAGGAGACCUUGCAAACGAUUGUUGCAGUACCGGUGGCUUUUGGCACCGCAAGUUCAAAUGGGGCAGCCAAUUCACCGUCGGCGACGGAAAAAGCCAAAGAAAGGGAAGCGAAAGAAAAGUUUAAGAGAGACACAAGAGCUGCAAAAACGCUUCUUAUCGUGAUGGGGACAUUCAUGUUCUGUUGGGCACCACACUUCAUUGGAAUGACUUGUUUACUUUUUCCAAGCUGCAAGUGGCCAGAUGAAUUCUUUGCGACUACAACAUGGCUGGCCAUGUUGAACAGCGGCUGUAACCCGAUCAUUUAUGGGGUCAUGAACAAAAAAUUCCGAGAAAGUUUCAAAGACAUAGUAUUGUGCAGGAGAGCAAGAGCAAACAGAUUUUACAGUCAUCGGGAGCCAAGUAGCAGUUCCUGACGUCUUUGCGGGAUUACAUUCUAAAUAUGAACGUUCUCAGACUCAGUUAUGGAACUCCAGCCAAGGGCCGCUUACUCGUGAGCAUAACAUAAAGUACAACGUAAUUUAACCAGAAACCAUUUCCAAUGAAAAAACCUUCGAAAAAGACCAGUUAGAUGCCAAGCUUUUAGUCAAAAGAAACAAUUCCCGUCUAGCUUGUGACUAACGUUGCAAGCUGAAAGAUUGUGGUGAUUAAGGGUUAUCAACGGAUAUAAGUGGACUAGACAAAACGUUUCGCUGAUGCAGGUCCUCAAACGACAAAGUUUUCAUUUCAGUAAUGAAUCCGUCAGUCUACAAGUGAAAUUCCUCGACGACAAAAUGUCAUCAGCUUAUCCCCGUAGAUUAGGUGGACGGUUGUUCUUUCUAUUAGGGGUUAAAUACAAAGACGCAUAUCACUGGGUCUCAGCUUUUUGCUGGACUCGAUACUAAGGUUUCAAAGUCUCUCGUCGAUACAUAUUAUCCAUAAACUAAAUGAACGUACAAUUCGGUUUUGCAACAAUACACAAAAGUAGGAAACAAAUUGGCUCGAUAUCGUUUGAUGCUACUAUCUUCCUAUCUAUUCAUGUAAUCACAUCAUUAAAAGCUCCGUACGUUCUUCCGGCCUUCUUAACAAACCUCUAAAAUGGAACCCUAACAACAACUUAUUAUGGGUCUAUUAUCGCGGCUUUUCCUUGACAAUUUCCGGGACAUUCACGGCCUACUUAAAACUGGCGACACUUUCCUUUUCGCUUUGGAGAUGGGCAAUUAAUUUGUCUUAUAGAUAAGAAGCGACAUUUUCUGCGGGGCGUGAUAGAAAAGGUAAACAUGCGUAAGAAAACAAAAAAAGAACGUUCAUUUGAAUUGCUAAAUUUCGAAGUUGUCGUUUAUGGACCCAUUAGUGAGAAGAAAAAUAAACGUUUAGAAAUAAAUUAGUGAGAAACACUGCAAAGCGUGCGAGAUAAAACGCGUUGUGUGAUCCUUAGACAGCUUUAUAAACUCUCUCGACUAACAAGGAAAAUGACUGCCGUGCGAAUUUUCUUACCUCACAACCAUAUCUAAAUAAUGCCAUCAACUGAAUUUAGCCUUUUGGACUGCUAAGUAACGCAACGACGUUUCUUGUGUUGCAGUUGGGACUUCGACCUUUAAGUCGUCGAUAGAAGACAUAGAAUACCUCGUGUGUCUAUCAAUUUGAUUCGUAGCCCUCUCGUUGCUAAAUAUUCACUGAUAGCCAACGAUCGAGCUCAUAUUCAAAAUCUAAAAACGUAAAAUCUUGUCCAAUCUCCGAUUUGAAAAGGUUCAAAUAAAUAGCUCAUUUGUAACUCUCGCCAUUAAUGCGUAAUAGAUGAUAUCAACAAUGCAUCCUCGUCCAGUCAACUUGUCGUCUCGUUGUCUGAACGCUGAUUAAAAAACCCUCCGGCUUGUUAUGUUAUUCUUAAAAAUUACGUUACUAACGAAGAGAUUUUCGUAGUUGUAUAUCAACUUCUGCAGAAAGCCUGAAAAAAAAAAAUCAGUUUUCAGCGGGAUUUCAACCCAAGACAGCGGCGAUUCCGCUGCAAACUCGGCUGUUUACAUUUUGUGUGAUUAUCAUCGCCUAUUCUGGCGUGUAUAUAAUAUAAGUAGACCUCGCACUUCCCAGUAGCUACCAGUUCUUCAGAGGCUUUACAGUGGUGGAUUGUUUGCACCGUACCGGAAUCGCAAAGGUCACGGGUAUGAAUCCCUUCCUAGCUUUAAUUUUCUUCAGGCUUUGCUUUCGACCGCUAAAGUUCAAUAUAAUUCCGCAGCACACUUGUCUCGUUUAUUUCGUAUAUUUGUAAUCACGCAUUUCAUUUGAAUAAUACUGUUCCGAAGCCACAACACAGAGACUACAAAGGUCUACAAAGAGUCGCUGUUGUCUGGAAUAUAGACAGAAUGUGAAAGGGAUCUUGUUCCCACGAAAAUAACGCAAAUUUAGGAUGCAUUGUUUGUUAGAACCGACGUCACCCAAAUUACAAACAAAAACGCCAAAUAAUCAAAAUAAAUAUCCUAAAUGUUGAAUAAAAUAGAAUAAAUUAGAUAUUCAUCGUAUCACGCCGUUAUUUUCUCCUUGCAACGCCCAAUUGGCGCUAUGUUUAUCAAGUGGAUAAUAACAACUGACAUAUUUUGAUCACCAACUAAAUAGGGAUUAGCUCAGUACCUAGAUAAAUCAUUUUAAUGUGAUAAUCGUUCCCAUGCACGAUAUCGCAUUUAUCUUCAUCUUUUUUUUUACAUCCCCCGCUGUAAAGCAAGCAACUUUAUUUAAAUUCAUUGAAAUAACUAUACCCAUUAUGUCAUACAGUUGAAAAUUUGAUUUGGUUCUCAUGAAGUAGCACUUUUGUCGUUGGCAUUUGCCAAAGUUUCAUCUUGCCAACAUUUAACCACUAAUCGGAUUUACUCGAAUAUCAAGUCUCAUGUAAUUUCAAACGGACAACCCCCCUUAACAAUACUAUCAACCCAGCGUUAUCUAUUUGCUCUUUCAGUAUCAUAUUAUUUACCUCACUAGAAACAAAAUCCGAUUAGCCAAAACUACGUAAAACCAACACCCCAAGCAAAUAUUGUCGUUCAGUACAAUACAACACAUAUUUAUGCUUCAUUUAGAGCUCAUUAUUUAUUUAUCGGAGUAAAUGUUGAGAAAUAAAUCAGCAACCUCUCUUUUA